AUCCGCUACGGAAAGAGCCGCGAGGAGUGGCGAGGGAGCGGCGGCGCGCGGCUGCUGUGGGAGGUACCCAAGAGGGACGUGUUGGGACAGCGCGGAGCAGCUACUAGGCGCUGGAACGCACGCACGCACGCACGCACGCACACACCACCACCACGAUGCUGGAUCACAUCCCUCCAGGAGCUCCUAUAGAAGAGAUUCAGAUAGAAAAUACAUAGAUAAUCGCAGCAGAUGGCGUUGAUGAAGCUCAUUGAUGGAGCUGUCAGCAGAUCAGGAGACGAGCGACUCGGAGAGGUGGGUUUCGCACCCUUCUAUGCGGAUGGGAUUCAGCAGCUCUGAGGGACACGGGGAGCUCCUUCCGGCACAUCGGGGACGAGCCCGAGAACGGAAAUUUGGAACCCGCGCGAGCGAGAGCUCGGCGCUCUUGCCGGGCUGGAGGGAACGACCGGCUCCUGUAGGCAUCGGGGUCAACGUCUUUUCACCGUCCUGAUACGUGAAGCCAGUGGAGAUUGAUAUAUACGCGCACGCGCGCGCAGCGGUGGGAACCACAGAGCACAAAUCUCGGCUCGAGGACUGUGGAAAUGAGCUCUGAAACGCCACACCUGGUGGUUCGCGCACUUCUACGCCGUGUCGGUGCUGUGGAACGGCGUCCUGCUGCUCCUCGUCCUCCGGCUCCUCGUCCUCGGCGUCCCGCUGCCUCCCUGGCUGGACGAGGCGCUGCGGCUGCUCGCCGGCGACGCGCACGCCCCCCCUCAAGCGGGGGCGCUGUCCGUCGCCCUGGUGCAGACGCUGCUGUGGGUCCACAGUGCGCGGCGGCUCUUCGAGUGCCUCUUCGUCAGCGUCUUCUCGGACACGUCCAUCAACGCGCCGCAGUACGCCUUCGGCCUCGCCUACUACGUGCUGCUGGGGCUCACCGUGCUCGGCCUGGGGCCUCUCGGCGGCGCGACAGGCGCCGCGGAGAAACGCGCGGACUGCCGCGUCCGCUGGUUCCACGGCCUCGGGCUCCUGCUCUUCCUGUGGGCUUCGCUCCACCAGCACCGCUGCGCUGUCCUGCUGGCGCGGCUGCGCACGAGACCCGGGGGGCGAGCAGGCGAGCGGACCGCUCUGGGACACGCGGUCCCCCGCGGCGACUGGUUCGAGCUCGUCUCCUGCCCGCACUACCUGGCCGAGCUGCUCGUCUACGUGGCCCUGAGCGCCUGCUGCGGCGGCGGCGCCCUCACCUGGUGGCUCGUGGUGCUCUACGUGCUGUGCAACCAGCUGCUGGCGGCGCGGCUCAGCCACGACUUCUACCUGAGCAGCUUCGAGGGCUACCCGAGGGAGCGGGCGGCGCUCGUGCCGUACCUGCUGUGAGCCUCCGCGGAGACGCCGGCCGCCUCGGCGGACGGACGCGACGCCACCCGAGCUCCGGAUCCGGACUGUGUGGCGUUACCAAAAGCCCCACAGCGCCACCCGGCGGUCCGGCCACUAGCGGAAAUGACGCCAGCGGGGGCAACCUGGGCUUCAUCCACGGCUUCGCGGCCUCCUUCUCGGUCAUCAUCGUGUCCGAACUCGGCGACAAGACCUUCUUCAUCGCCGCCAUCAUGGCCAUGCGCUACAACCGCCUCACGGUGCUGGCUGGUGCCAUACUGGCCCUCAGCCUCAUGACCUGCCUGUCAGUCCUGUUUGGCUACGCCACCACCAUCAUCCCACGAAUCUACACGUACUACGUGUCCACGGCGCUCUUCGCCAUCUUCGGCGUGCGCAUGCUGCGCGAGGGGCUCAAGAUGAGCGCAGACGAGGGCCAGGAGGAGCUCGAGGAGGUGCAGGCCGAGAUCAAGAAGAAGGACGAGGAGCUUCAGCGGGCGAAACUGGUCAACGGUGCUGCCGACGUGGAGGCCGCCUCGGGGAGCCUGCGGCCGCAGAGGGCGUGGCACAGCUUCAUCUCGCCCAUCUUCGUACAGGCGUUCACGCUCACCUUCCUGGCCGAGUGGGGCGACCGCUCGCAGCUCACCACCAUCGUGCUCGCCGCCAGAGAGGACCCGUUUGGUGUGGCAGUGGGCGGGACCCUGGGCCACUGGCUGUGCACGGGACUGGCUGUCGUCGGAGGCCGCAUGGUCGCCCAGAAGAUCUCGGUCCGAACGGUUACAAUAAUCGGAGGAGUCGUGUUCCUGGCUUUCGCCUUCUCAGCGCUCUUCAUCAAACCCGACACCGGCUUCUGACGUGCAACGCACCGGGAACCUCCUGUAAAUACGUCUGCUAGAGGCGGAACAAAUCUACUCCGCGUGCGUGUGUGUGUGUGAGACUGGGUGUAGGGGUGGGACAGGUUUCUCUCUCUCUCUCUUGGUCUCUCUCUUUACCCCCUUGUGUCUAUGUGUGUGUGAGGCCAGGGUACCUGGGCUCCUUGGCACUGGACAGUUCCCAUGUGCGUGCGGUUCAAAAACACAGGAUCGCGCGCGCACACGUUCUUGUUGCUCCAGGUUGGAGUGGCACCGUAUUUUCCCUGCAGACGGGUGCGUGGUCCCUGCUGCGCUCACGUGUCGGAGCUCGGCGCGGCGCGGCGCCAUACUGUGGCCCAACACAGAAGCUCCGUGCCCAAGUGGCCUCCGUGAGAAGACGACCAUCUGCUGGUCUGCUGGACGUUUCCUGCACGGACUGGGAGCUGCUUUCUGCAGUGUGUCUUACAGCUCGACGUGCACACUCUCCUGGGGGACUUUCAGAGCAAAGGGUAUUUAUUUAACGUUAGCACACACAUAGAAGUAUUUUUAUUAGAUGUAAUAUUUUCUUUUCUAGAUCAGGUACUGUACAUGUCAGGGUAGAACCCGGGGCUACAAGGGGCCAGCAGCACGACGCACGUUGGCCGCGACAUACAACCCGUCCGUUUUUACUGUUUGCUUUAAUGCCACGAUGAGCUGUCAACCCUGACUGGCGGAAAUAGCCAGUAAAUAAAUCCUGUUCCUCUUGGCGCGGGCA